GCCAUUGCAAAGGACACAUUUAAAUGAGCAAGCUGUAAUAAUUUCAUGAAGUAGCUAGUUGAUGGUUGGCCAAUGCCCACGAAUUAAUUCGCUCCAACUUAGAGUUAGGUGGGAAACGCUUCCCUCAUUCCCCCCUACUCCCACAUGCAGAUUCAUUCAAAAUCAAGAAACCCUUAACAGAAAACCGAAACCCAGAAUCAGAUUGCAAAAGAUUUUGAAUUUUAGCGCUCCGGAGAUGAAACCCGUCGGAAUAUUCGCCGGCAUAUGCCUCUUGUUGGCCGUGUACUGUGCCGUGGACCCGUUGAAUCACUCUGCGGUGUCCGGGUUCCCGAACUUCGAGACGUUUAAAGUGGAAAUGCCUGCAUGGUCCGAGAUCCCAGUUGAGAGAGACCGUGAGAACUUGCUCCAGAAGUCGGAAAUCAAGUUCUUGAACCAAGUUCAAGGGCCCGAGAGCGUGGCCUUCGAUCCAGCGGGACGCGGCCCGUACACCGGCGUUGCUGGCGGGACGGUUGUCUUCUGGGAUGGAGAGAAUUGGACUGAUUUCGCUUACACUUCGGCUAAUAGGUCAGGCUUAUGUGAUCCAAAACCAUCGCCUGUAAGCUACUUGAAGAAUGAGCACAUCUGUGGCAGGCCACUGGGGCUAAGAUUUGACAAAAGAACUGGUGAUUUGUACAUCGCUGACGCAUAUUUCGGGUUGAUGAAAGUUGGCCCUGAAGGUGGUUUGGCGACAUCACUCACGACUCAGGCGGAAGGAAUUCCUCUGGGAUUUACGAAUGACUUGGAUAUUGAUGAUGAAGGAAAUGUUUAUUUCACCGAUAGCAGCAGCAACUAUCGAAGAAGGAAUUUUAUGCAGUUACUUUUCUCUGGAGAAGAUAGUGGAAGGUUGCUGAAAUACGAUCCAUACACUAAAGAAACCACUGUUCUUGUUCGGAAUCUUCAAUUUCCAAAUGGUGUUUCCCUGAGUAAGGAUGGCUCAUUCUUUGUGUUCUGCGAGGGUUCAAUAGGCAGAUUACGGAAGUACUGGUUGAAAGGUGAAAAAGCAGGGACAUCCGAGGUUAUGGCCGUGCUGCCAGGAUAUCCUGACAACGUCCGCACAAACGAAAAGGGUGAAUUUUGGGUAGCAAUCCAUUGUCGACGAUCCAUAUACUCUCACCUCUCAGGUCUAUAUCCACGAGUCCGAAAAUUACUGCUCAAGCUUCCCAUUCCUGCAAAGUUCCAUUUUCUGAUGCAAAUCGGAGGGCGUCCCCAUGGAAUCAUCGUGAAAUAUAGUCCAGAAGGUAAGCUUGUGACGGUGUUGGAGGAUAGACAAGGAAAAGUAGUUAAAGCAGUGAGCGAAGUAGAGGAGAAAGACGGGGAACUUUGGAUGGGGAGCGUCCUGAUGCCCUUUCUUGCAGUUUACAAACUGGACUGAGAACCUGAGAUCAAAGGCUGCAAAUGGGAUGUGCUGUUGGUGUAGCUUCUUGUUCUACACUUUGUUUGGACUUUUGCUUUAGAGGUUAGGUUCUGUACCUUAUGUAUAUGGUAUUGCAUUGUUCUGACUUCUGGUGAUUGAGGUAGCUGCUUCAAGUUAGGUGCUACCUAAGUUAGCAACAAAAGUGCGGAACGAUUGCGAGAAUUCGUGUAACGCUCUAUCAAGUGCACUAGCUAUGCUAUCAUGUAAUAUAAAAAAAUUAUUGACACGGCUACUUAAUAA